AUGGCGCCCCGAGGUCGUCAAAACACCAGUGGGCGCGAGACGCGGAAUGCCCGCAAACCGGCCGCCACCACCACCAGGGGUGGAAUUCAGAAGCGCAAGGCUGGCCGCGUUGAUGGCGAUGGCGAUUUGGACAUGGACAGUGCCGGUCGUCGUGCUAAAAAGGCUGCAGCGGAGAGCAAACCCACACGGUCCAGCACCCGAACUUCAACGCGUGGAGGUCCAUCCAAAAAUGCACAAAAUGUAUUGAAGCACCUGAGCAAUGGCACUGCCGCAUCACUCGCUUCCCGGAUCUCAAACGCCUCUUCUGGCAAGGGACCCAAGACUCGAUCUCAAGACAUGACGGGUCUAACGUUGCUGCGAGUUGGUGGCUUGAAGGAAAGUAAAGCGGCCACCAACGCUGGCGGAGGUGUCAACGAUCUUCUCGGCUUCAUGGAGAGAAAGGCCGGAUCAUUCAGAACCGGUUCCAAGCGAAAAGUCACUAUUAGAAAGCACCAUGCUGUUGGUGACUACGUCUACAUAGGUGCGAAUGGGGAGGAUGCCGAAGAGCUAAUCAAGCUUAACACGUUUACAUUUGCUGGCGCGGCUUUGGAAGUGACCCAUGUGGACGAAAUCCCAGACAGAGGCCGGACGGUCGAGUCCAAGGAAACUCAGGAGCUUCGUGCCAGACUUCAAAAUAUCCUCAGUUCAAGGUACAUUGGUGACAACAAGCUUCUCAAGCUGGAUGCUCUUGCUUCGGACACGGAGCUUGUCACUCUUGGCAUGUUUGAGAGCCGUGAGCGUGCUCUAAAGACAUUCAAAGGAUUGAUGGCUGUCUGUGACAGUCUUUUCAAGACCGCCAAGGAGAAACAAGAUGCGAUCGAGAGCAUCAGUCUGGCAAGUAACAACAUCGAUGAUGUUGGUCAAGUGGAAAUCGUUGCCGUGACCUUCCCUCACCUCAAGAAUCUGGAUAUGAGUGGCAACCAGGUGGCAUCCAUGCAAGCACUUCAGCCUUGGAAGGGAAAAUUCAAACACCUUGAGACUCUCUUCAUUACAGGCAACCCCAUCGAAGCUACAGAUCCGACCUACCCAUCAACCCUCCUGGAAUGGUUCCCGAAACUGCAGAACAUCAACGGCAACCAACUUCGCACGCCAGAGCAGAUCGCUGAGCAGGAAGCUGCUCUAAGACCCAGGCCAAUCCCCCAGAACGGACCCGAUUUCCGAGAUGUCGGUGGUGUUGGCGAGAACUUUCUCUUGGAGUUCUUUGCUUCAUACGACAACGAUCGGCCUGGUCUGGUAUCUCGGCUGUAUGAUGAGGAUAGCCGCUUUUCUAUCUCGAUCGAUACGCGGGCUGCACCAGAUCCCAACGCGGCUGCGCCUGCAUCAUGGGCUUCAUAUAUCAAGCUCUCCCGAAACCUGACCAAGAUCACCAUGCCUAACCCCCGGAUUCAGCGACUUUUCCGCGGCGCCGCGACCAUCCAGGAUGCAUGGAAGACACUCCCUCUCACUCACCAUCCCGAUAUCAAGCAAGAACUCAGCAAGUACAUCAUGGACUGCCACCCUCUGCAAGGACUGGUGGACCCUAGCGGACAAAACUCCGGGGGUGUCGACGGUUUAAUAAUUGCAGUUCACGGCGAAUUCGACGAACAAGAUCCCAUUACCAACCUAGCAGGAAAGCGCAGCUUCUCUCGCACAUUCGUCCUUGGGCCAGCGAAGCCAGGGCAAGGAAUGAUCAGAGUUGUCAGCGACAUGCUGUCGCUCCGAACGUUCAGUCAACUCCCAAAUGUUUUCGCGGCGGCUGCCCCAACUCCUGCUCCGGCAUCGGUCGAUCAACACCAAGCGAUGAUCGCCGAGCUAUCCAAGCAGACAGGCAUGACAGCUCAGUACUCCGAGAUGUGUCUUACCCAAGUGAAUUGGGCAUUUGACCAGGCUCUAGUUAUAUUCAACGAGAAGAAGUCACAACUCCCUGCUGAAGCUUUCGCUCCCAUGGGUGGACCAUAG